UCGGCUAGUUCCUACGCCAUCUACCGAUCACUGGCGUUUCAUUCCACAAUCCACCACUCCGAAAAGAACCUAUCAAAAUCUGAAACUCCACUCCGAAACGAAUUUUAUUACACACAACUUCAAGUCCGCCAUUUCUUUACGCAAAAGUGUGGUCCGCGUUUUCACAUCUAUCAACUUUUUCCAGAAUUGUACGCGUAACCGCAAGACUAUCCGGGAAAUUUCGAAUGAAUGUCGGCAUACAAGUUUUCCGGGCGUGUAAUCGUACGUGAACGUAGUGGCGCCGCGUCGUUACAGUCGUGAAAAUCGCAUGAGAAAAUUCCUUAGUGGCGUAGACUUGACUGAGACGAGUGAAGAGUGUGUGGAAUCGCAUCGUAAAUGGUCCUUGCCUGCGUUUCGAUUGCGCUUUGAGUAGAAGACUCCCCGCCGAGGGAAUCGUGCACUUUUGACAGCACUUCCAGGCCUCCGAGACGGAGUUUCCUUUUCGCGUGGAAAACCCAUUAGUUUUUUAUGCCCGUGAGAAUUGAUGCGAACGCGAGCCGCACGGCCUUCACGUUAUUCAUAUGAGUCGCUAGGAGGGAGAGCAGUGUGUCCAUUUGUGUGAAUUUAUAAUUAUGUCGGAAGAUGCAAGUCCCACUGGGGGACGACAAACGCCGCCGCCGCUUGGCCAGGAUACCGCCACGGACCAGAACGAUUCAUUAAUUGAGAAAGUGCGUUCGCGAGUGGGAAAAAUGAUUCCAUUCAGCAAAUGGUUCUCUCCAACGACCAGUGGUGCGCUUUCACCGAUUUCAGGCGACCAGGGCAGCCGGAACGGCGGCGUUCGGAGGUGGCGCGACGAUACCGUGAUCGGCGAACAGACCGUUUGCCAGGACCCUGGCGAUUUGGAGGACAGUGAGGCCGAGGACUUGGAUGAGGAGGAAGAUAUCGCGCCGCCUACGAAAAGGAGCAGACUUAACGUGGCGGAGGACCAUUCGCCAAUAGACUUUCCAAUUUCAAAUGCAAAGAUAGUAGACCUUUUAUCAUCAACUCCAACUUCAGGUGUUGGUAGUAGAAAACAUUUGGGUUUAAAAUCCAUCAAUCAGCCAUUACACAGUACUAUUAGUAAUAUUACAACAACCAGAUCAGUAACAACUAAAUCAAUAGUGUCCCGAAGCAUACCAGAACGGGGUGCAAUAGAAGAUGAUGAUGCCGGAAAUGCAGACGACGUCUUCGAGGUUAUUCCUGAAAAUAUUAAUGUAAAUAAUCCAUUGCCGCAACCAUGGGAUACAGUUAAUAGAAGUUCGAUUUCCGGACGCAGUUCGGGCAUCAGAGAGCUGAAACUUCCUACCAGACGUCGAUCAAUACGUACUGUUCGCGAUUAUGCAUCAUUAAGGCCGUCUAUGCACUAUUCCCUUUUCGACCCAACCCAGGAUGAGGACGAUAUCGCAUAUGAGGGUCAAUCGCCACCCAAAAUCCUUACAAAUGGCAUAAGACCAUCCCCAAAUCCAUUGUCAGUUGAUACAGCAUCAGAAAGCGGGGAAAGCCAAACGUCUAGUGUCCAAAAGGCAAAAUUGUCGGAAGGAUUGCACAGAUCGGGAGUUAAACGAUUUCGAAAUUCAGCUAGCAGUGGGUUGAAUUACGUCGCUCAUCUACAAGGCAAAAAGUCGUUGUUCGGAGAUAAAAACAUGCCUAGCCAUUUGAAUAAUUCAACAACUUCUCUGACCAGCUUGAAUCGCCGCCAAAGCUUCAAUGCGUCCUUGUAUGGGAGCACUUCGGCAUUGAGCGACAGCCGACUUUUGAAUACAUAUUCUCCCUUCUAUAAAGGCUAUACGACAUUCGGCGGGGCAUCUGCCUACAGUAAAUAUUCUCAGAAUGCCCGUCGCAUCAAUCCAACACCCACACUUAUUCGACCAUCGUCAAGUUUGUCCACGGCAUCGUCAACGCCCUCAUUGGCGAAUACGCAUGAUUCUUCAACAACCAUUUCGAAUACAGCAAAACGCAUUCUGGAACUAAUGAACCAGUUCACAACGCCACUGGCCGAUGUAAAGAAAAUGGCAAAUAAUACAAAAGUUCCAGCGCUAACGGCCCACAGACAGCGUUUUGGCGAUGCUGACCGGAGUAUAAAUCGAGGCAUUCGAAUGACUGUUCCAAAGACACCGUACAGCAGACCUAGUGUAGCGCAACCAAAUCAGUGCAGGGAUCAACCGGGGCCGCCGCUUACCGAACUUCAUGUCCCAUCUAUGUCACAACUCCUUCAAAUGAAAAAAUUACAGAGCAACACAGAGAGAGCUCGUGAAAUUACAAGGACGAACCAAUCAAAAUUAUCAAUUGCUACGGAAAAUGAGUCUACGGAGAGAGAGUACAGGUUGCCACCCACAGCAACCAGUGAAAGUUAUGAAAAAGGUGCGACCUCAUCCACAAAACAUGUAAAUAAAAUUAAAAAUAAAUUAACAAGUACAAGAAGUAGUGCAAAAGAUAUCGAGAAAGAGAGUUCAACACCGGCAGUCGUUCUACCAGAUAUCCCGUUGCCCUUAAAGGAUUCGGCAGUUCCUAAACUCGACAUCAACAUUGUGAAACCCUUUGAGGUGCCCACUGUAGGUCUUAGUUCCACACCUAAAGUGACUCGAACAACGGAACAAUCCAAUGGGAAAGUGUCACUCUCCGUCUUUGAAAAUAAAGACGUUACUAAGCCUAAACCCGUCAGCAGUGCAUUCACCUUCGGCAGUUCCACGAAUAAAUCUAGUGAGCUUAAGCAACCUGCGAAAGAACCUGCCAACGGCAGUAGCACUGCACAAGCAAAAAAAUCCGAAAAAUUAGCGAAUGGCGGUCAGGAGUUCACUUUCUCUGUUCCAAUUGAGGUAACAUCGCCGUCAUUGCCUCUUACAGACACCGUGCCCGCUAGCAAUUUUAAGUUUAGUGAACCUGUUCCUGUUGAAACUUCAUUGAAAUUAAGCGACAAUUUUGGUUAUCAGUCAAGUGGCACUUGUAAUAAACCUAAACCGAUUGCCACGACCCCUCAAGCUAACAUACCUGCAGUGGCUACACAACUGAAAACUUCCGGAAGUGUUCUGGAUGCCUUCAAGAAGCCAACACCGGCCGAGGCCACAUCGACCUCUGUUUCGUCUUCGUCUGUUCCAUUUGGUGCUCAAUUCAAAAUGACCAGCGAUAAGUGGGAAUGUUCUAUUUGUAUGGUCCGAAAUGAGAAAACGGUCGAUAAAUGUGUGUCAUGUUCAAAUAGUAGGAAAGCGGCAGAACCUGCUAAAGUAACGUUCGAUGCUGCUCCAGUUAACAAGAUCGUUUCAGGUCCAGAAACUGUUAAGCCUGCUGAACCGCUUAAAAAUUCAUUUGGCGAUAAGUUCAAACCGAGCGCAGACACAUGGGAGUGUUCGGCGUGUUUUGUUAGAAAUAAAAAGGAUGUAUCGAAAUGUGUAGCAUGUAAUACAGAAAAACCUGGUGGGAAGCCGUCGGUGUCAGUACCAGCAGCGGCACCAUCAUUAGUGUCUUCAUCAUCAUCAGUGCCAAAUAAGUUAUCGGAUUCCAGCUUCAAAAGCAUUGUCGCUUCACAGUCAGCUAAAUGGGAAUGCUCAGCGUGUAUGACACGCAACGAGCCUGCACGAAAUAAAUGCGCUUGCUGCGAACAAGCCAAGCCGGGCACCGUAAGCGAUAGCGUACCAGAAUUUUCAUUUGGAACGUCAGCGUCAACAGCAGCAUCAAAAUUCACAUUUGGCUUUGCUGCUAAGUCAGAAACGGAAUUAAAGAGUGACAGUAACUCUCAAGUGAAAACUUCAGGAGAGGUUAAGCAAAGUUUUUCGUUUGGAGUGCCGUCAACAGCUGCGGCGCCCGCUCCUGCAGCUGCGGCUACAUCAUUCUCGUUUGGUUUCAAACCAGCUUCAAGCACUGCAAGUUCUGCAGCCUCAAGUGGUGCGAACAAGGAUGAACCAGAUAAGCCAGCUGCGCCGAAAUUCUCCUUUGGAAACGUUAGUCAGCCUGCCACGACGGAGUCCCCGAAGGCAAGUAAUGCUCCUGAAAAAUCACUUGGCACAAUAGCUAAAACAGAAUCGAGUAACACAGCGACAACUAGUUCGCUGUUCAAAUUCGGUACAUCCACUUCAGCGUUUUCAUCGUCCACGUUCACAGCUACUUCGAGCAGUAAAGAAAGCGAUUCGAAAACACCAGCGACAUCCGGAGCAACGUCAUCAACUAGCAUUUUCAAACCAAUCGGAAGCAUGGCUUUUAGUCCAAGCACAGAGAAAAAAGCUAGUGAACCGGUCAAGACGACUACCAUUAAUUUUGGCAGUAGUACAAGUACAAGUAAAGCCGUUACAACAGAAGCUAAAAGUGCGCCAACUGGAAUCGGGAGCUUUACAAGUUUGGCAGGCGGUUCGCAGCAAAAAGUGGAAACAACAUCAUCAACUGAAAGUAGCAACAGCGGAGGUUCAAAGUUAUUUAGUUUUGGUGUUGCUUCUGCAACGAAACCUGCUGAAAGUAAUAGUGCAACUGAAACUAAACCUGCAACCGGAUUCAGUUUUGGAUCGCCUUCUUCAAUUACCGGCACGUCCGUUUUUAAGUCUCCGCUGACACAGAAAACAGACUUAACUUCAUCGGCAGCAACAAGCGGCACAAGUAGCUCAGCCACUUUUGUUUUUGGAAAACCAUCGACACCCGCCUCCGUUACACCUACAUUCGGUGCAAUUAGCAGUAAUGUGAUAACAUCAUCGAAUCCUACCGGGCCAGUGUCGACUUCAGCCCCAUCAUUUGGCGGACUAUCUUCAUCAGCCGUCACCCCUUCGACGGCAUCUUCUUUCCAAACUCCUGCAACACAACCAUUGGUAUCCGCAUCUGCAUUUGGCGGCAAUGCUACCGGUGCAACUAUAUCGUCACUUUUUGGUAGUAACAGUUUCAGUAGUGCCUCAAGCAGUAGCGGAGCAACAGAAAAUAAAAAUGCUGUUGGCAAUCUAUUUCAAUUUGGCUCAGGAAACAAGCCUGCAGAUACAGCAACAACUGCGGCAACACCAUCUUUUGGAAAUGUUUCAUCAACUACAAGUGGUCGCUUCAGCUUCGGAUCAAGUAAUUCUAUCCCUACCGCUGCUCCGGCGCAAGCGGCAACACCUUUUGUUUUUGGUGGCGCCAGUAGUACUGAAAAGGCAAACGAAUCCGCUGGAAGUAGUCUUUUUGGAUCGGCAGCAGCCGCUGCACCAAAUAGGGCAGUGGCAGCUCCAACACUACCAGCAUUCGGUAGCUUUUCGUCACCUUUGCAGCAAUCACAGCAACAGCCACAACAACCGCCACAGCAAACACAAACUCCCUUAUUUGGACAAUCGUCUACAUUAUCGAGUCCAUUCGGUUCGAAUUUAACUUCAAAUAAUACUGCGACUUUUGGUUCUGCACCAGCUGCAGCUCCGGCGGCUCCAGUUGUUCCUUUUGGUAGUUCCGGUACAAGUUUUGGAGCAAGUGGAACUUCAGCAUUUGGAAGUCCUGCAGCGAAACAACCUCUUUUCGGGAAUGGAUUCGGUUCAACUCCAGCGCAGAGUAGUGACGAACCGCCUUCGAAGAAAUCGUCCGGUGCUUUCAACUUUGGAGCACCAGCCCAAGCACCAUCGAGCGGCUUCUCGUUUGGCGCAAGCAACAUGAACAGUAUCAAUAAUAACAACAACAAACAACCAUUCACAUUUACAGCCAGCACAACACCAUCAUUUAAUUUUACAGGAAGUUCAGAGGGCAACACCAACGCCCUCAUCAGCGCAGUCAAUUCAACGUCGGAAAGGAAGGAUAGUAACAAAACGAACGCAGCGGUAGGUCAUCAUCAGAUAAAGCGUUGGCUUAAGGCCAAAACUUCAGAUAACAGCAUUCGGACGACGACAAAGACAACAAUGACGAUCAAAAAGUCUGACUCACAAGACCGAGCGGUUUGCACGAACAGUAGUAAUGAAUUACGUAUUUUAUCCGGACCAUACAAUCAGACUGACCACAAUAGCAAGGACAACAAUGCAGGUAAAGGAGAUAUCACAUCAUCAUCAUCAGUAGACGGAAAUCGACACAGUCAACAUCUAACGAAACAAUCUACUGGGCAUGGCUUAAAUGCAUUUAGCAAUGAUGAUGGGUCACAAACAAGUUCCAAUAGUACCGAAACUAUGCCCAUUAACGCAACUUCUGCUGCAACCACUUCCAUUCAAACAGAUCCAAACAAAUCACCAACAAAACCGAAGGAAAUACCGCCGUGCAAAACUGUGGAUACGACGACAGAGACGUCUACGCCGACGACGCCACGUAAAUCAUUAAUUAGCUUACGCAGUAGGAAAUUAUUUACAUUGAAUAAACAACUAAAAACAACUGUGUCAAAAGCAACAGCUACUCAACGAAAGUUAUACUACGUGAAUCGAGUUCGUGUGCAUACAAACAAUAACGCUAUUCGCGAUAAAAGUCGUUAUACAUUCGUAAGGAAGAGGGUGCCGUCGUCUUCAGACGGCCAAGAGGAUAAUGGUGGAAACACUAAAAAUGAGGCAUAUGAGAAAGAUAAUGGGCAGCAGCACUAUCCUUCCUCGCAAACUCCAUCGCUCCCGAGUCCUAUUCGAACGAGAUCGAAGCCAAAAGAUUUUAAAUCGCAAACCUAUCGAAAUUCUAACGUGAAAUUUAUCCAGAAGAAGUAUAAUCCCGCUAAGUUUAGAUAUGUGAAGCCAAAUGAUUAGUUUUGUUUUUGCUUUCUAUGAGGAUGGCCAUGAAGAGAGUUUAUUUUUGUAGAAUAUUUUUAGUUCAAUUUCUUUUAGAUGCAUAUUCGGAUUAGAUGCAUAAAUUUCGGGGCUGAGGGUGUAGAUUUUUGCCCUAACCAACGGGAUUCGCGGUAUCGGAAAUAUUGAAAUUUACAUUUAGGUUAGUUGCAGCUUAAUUUUGAGGCAAUGAACUGAAUUUUGUGUAGUGAUUUUUCAAGCUGCAUCCGAUAUUUUGAGUGUACCAUGGAAGCGGAGGGAAAAGCUAUCUAUUUUUGAAAUACUCAUUGCAAUAUCGCUUCCAUGGCCAAAUUGAAGUUUUUAGGGAGUCGUAGGUUUGUAUACACGUGUGAAGGAUGCAAAUAAAUAUUCGCGCUGUUUGUGUUAUUUUGAAUAUUUGACUCGCAUAAAAUAGAUUAAUCCACGCGCGUUUGUGAAAAUAUUGUUCGAAUGAGGAGCCACAAUUAUUUAGGAAAGUUUGUGAGAUGGAUUUGCUGCAAAAAAAGUCAGGACCCAGCGUUUAUCUUCAGCCUGUUGGAUGGUUAUUCUCGGUUUCUAAUAUUACGUCAGGAUUUCUCCUUUAUAGUCUAAAUUUUGACAAACAUCAAGUCAGUUGUUCACAGUCCGUUUGGCUUGUGAAUCAUCCCACUUGAGUUCCACCCAAGAUAUCGGCAGUGCUGUUUGUCCACCGCUCUGUUCUUAGCCAAUUCAGUCCUAGGUCGACUCAUACAAUCCUGGCGGUUAGGUUUUCAAUUCGAGACCAUUACUAAGGUGGGAACUAUUUCUGUAGCAUCGAAGUGAUUUAUAUAUACAUAUAUGGCUCAAAUUUUUCAUCCAAUGAUACAGUUGGAGCUUGGUGAUAAGACAUCGUGAUUUCUAUCGAUCGAAACAUCAAAUCGCACAUUUAACACAAUUCAUAUACUGCAAAAGUUGUAGGAAAAAUGGUCUCCGGAAUACAGACUAUUUCCAAAAUUGUCCAAUGGACUACAUUAGAAUUUCUCUUCAAUUACACAUUAUGUUUGAUUGGAGUCUUACUGUGCCUAAGAGCAGCAAAUUAAAGUGAAUUCACUUCCAAAGGAAUAAACAUACAAAGAAUGAAUUUUGUUUGAUGCUAACUGAUCUUAAAAAAAAGAAACUUGUUUAAAUUUUACAGAAAAUAACAAAAAAAAGAAAAUGUAACAAACACAUCAGCAUAUUGAAACUUUCUUUGAGUAGUGUGUAUGUAAUGGUUGGUUAGAAUAUACGACUUUAUUCUAAGAGAAUACGAUUUAAGUGAAAAAGUCACUCGUGUAAAGGACGAGAGAAUGAGUGCGAAAGAGAGAGAAUGAAAUAAAAACAAUCCCCCUACACAUUGAAAUGCAAGUUGAGGAAAAAAUACUUCAAUUGAAUAUUUGUAAAAAAAUUGUUCAAUCCUUUGUUUUAAAUAUUAUUCUGUUCUAAAUUCUUAAGUAAAUGGAUAUGAAAUAUGACACAGACGAUUACUUGCUUCUAUAUAUAAUUAUUAUUGUAUAAUUUUUAUUAUAUUUUGAUUAUUCAUUAGUACCAUCUCUCAAUUGUGGUUAUUAAGUUGUAUCAAUAAAAAGGAAAAUUUGUCAAUA